UUUGAGUUCUGGAUGACUUUUAUCGACUUUUUAAUUUGUAUCAUAAAUUAUCAGGACGUGAUUAAGUAAACCUCGCUGUCAUGGGAAGAAAAAUUUUCAUGCUCGUUCCAGCCCCUCUCACUCGGCCCCGAGAGUCAACUGAAGGAUACGUGAUAAACAUGUAAUGGAUUAAGGCCAAAGGUAUAAAGGCGAGGCUUCAAUUAGAAAUGACUUAUCUCAUCUUGGUGUUCGGUAUUUUGGUGCUCGCACCACCCCUUAUAAAAGGAGCUUCCAAGCCAUUACCUACAGUGUACAUCCAAAUGGAUCUCAAAUACACGUGGUCUGAGUUUUGUCUUUUAGAAACAUAUUUCAAAGCAAAAAUGGCCGAUUUGGUGCUGGAUGAUCAUGGGCAUCAUCUCAACGUCUCGCAGAUAUACAUAAACAAUUUUGACGAAAACUGUCCCCCGAAGAACAACGUCGACAAAGCGUCACCAAAGUUUUACAUCAUUAAGCCAGGCGGGGCCUACGAUGAAGUCAAUAAAAAUGCAACCAUAAAAGCGUACGAGACUCUUCGUUAUUUGACUGAUAAUAAUCUUGGAGUACUUGCUGGACCGCUAUUUCAGAGAAAGAUCGAAAAAGUGGAGGCCAAGGGUGAAGAUGCCCCACCUAAGCCAACCGGGUUCACAGAACUGGAAAGAACUUACAUCGCCAUUGGAAUUGCCUGUGGGAUUUUGGCCAUCAUUGUUUCAAUAGCAGUAAUUGUGUACGUCAUCAAGAAUAAAAAGAACGGAGGUAGAACUAACGAAAAUAAGUCUACACGUGAGUUCAUUGGGGAAGAGAACAGACUACAUACCAGCCCUGAGUUCAUUGGGGAAGAGAACAGACUACAUGCCAGCCCGCCUCACAAUAUCAGCGAAACAAAGUUUUAAAGCUUGUAUUUGCAAAGAAAUGUUCUGCUUUGCCUAAAUUAGAUUAGUGUGUUACUGAAUUGGUAAAACAAGUCAUUUCAUCGUUCAUAUGUAUAUAAUCUUGAUCCGACUUAAUUUCAGUACUCCUGCAACUUAUUGCUAUAAAGCAUUGCUUUUUGUAAAAUUUCUUCCACAACGCAUGUACAUAGCUUAAGACCAACAUUCUGGUCAAAGAUCCACCCCUGAUUUAAGGACUCGCGUCUCUCGCCAUAUUAUGCGAGGAGCCUUUAAAGGUCAUUUUGGUGCAUCAAAUAAAAAAAAUUUAAAAAAAAACAAGUAAAAAUCUUGGUUGAAACAUUGUAUGCAUGUAAAACCUACAGAAAACAGUUUCUCGAGUAAAAGUAGUUGGCCAUG